GCUCUGAUAAGAAGACACAUAUAUACAACAGCGUGCUUUGGAGACAGGUUAUUCAGCUGGGCACAAAUCGAAUGUGACUGAUUGUCAUCAUGACGCUCAAUGGGACACUGAAUGGACAUCAGAUUGAUGUUCUCUCUAAUGUGUACAUUGCGUUUCUUAUACCCAGUUUAAUCGGGAGCUUUUCCGUUCUGGCGGUUUCCAUAUUUAGAUGGAGGCGUCUAAAAGAACAGGUACAUCUCCUCGUGCAGCUGGCAUUGGCAGACCUCCUGGCUGCUCUGAUCCUGAUGUGCACCAGCAUCAUGAACAAAGUCACCAAUGACAGGAGGGUUGAAAUCUGCCAAUACAGCUUGCCUCUGUCACUGACGUUUUACUUCAUCUCAUUUCUUCUGGCGGUCGUUUACGCGUGGAAGUCAAAGAAUGCAAUCCAAGGAUGGAGAGAUCGUGCUGCAGAUGAUGAGGCUGUCCAGAGUCGUUGCAGGCUAAAAAUAGUAGCUUUCCCUGUAUAUGUUAUUGUGUGGUUGAUCCCAAUUGCAAUGUACUUAGCAUAUGUGCUCACUAAUUUCAUAACAACUGCCAUGGUGGUUCCAGUCGACGACGGAUCACUGACCGCCUCAAUCAAAGAUGAGAGCACAUACUGCACCAGCUGUAUUUUGUUCUUGCACGUCUGGAAGGAUUCCUGCUCAAGCCCUGAGAGAUUCCAUGAUGAUUUUAUCAAAGCUUUUCUUUUCAUCGUGGUGAUACUUGUGAUGGUGCUUUGCGCUGUCAUUUACUAUAAGGUUGGUAAAUGGUAUAGAAGACAUGAGCAGGUGGAGCUUUAUGCCCCGGAAGGAGAUGGCCGUUCAACACGGAGAUUCAAAAGAAUGUUUUCUACAGCGAGGAAUAUGGUGAUGGUCAUCUUAAUCUGUUGGACACCAGUUCUUGUCCUCAUUGUGAUGUCUAUCCUGAUGACCUGGACAAGCAUUGAACAACACAGCUUUUUUGGCCUUUACAUACUACAGGCUGCCUGCGUGUCCAUACAAGGAUUUCUGAACAGUAUGGUUUACGCCUGGAGACGGCCAAACUUCACAGACGCCGUUCUUGGGGAGACCACACCCCUCUUGACACAUAAUCAGCUCGCCUUCUUUGAAGAGUCACUGAGGGCCUCAUCUUGACUGGUGACCAUGAGCACUUUAAGGGAUGGUGUUGUGUCACAACAUACUGAUCUCAGGAAGACUGACUCCCUGCCUGCACACUUUAUGACUUUAUGACAGUUGAGACUGAAACAGAAAAUGUCCUCAUUUGUGGAUUGAAAAUGAAAAGAAAGAAAAAAAAUGAAGAAACACAACAAAGACUUUCUGAACAAACAACUGAGUAUUUAUAUUGCACCUGCUGAUUUUGUCAUGUAUUAAACAAAGUUACCUUAGCAUAUCGUAGCAAAUAUAGUGUCCAAAAGACCUCGGGAUAAAUUGUAGAAUUUUGUUUUAUUUAUACAUUUGCUGUUAAUGUACUGUUUUAUUAAAGAUUUUAAUUAUGUCAUAAAAAAUGUAAGACUUUUGGA